AGUAGCUUUAGUUUUGCCGCCUAUUGUCGCAGUUGGAAUUAAAAUUUAUUAAAAUUUGUUUUCUAGUGUUCGUUUAGAACAGAACUGCGUGUAGAAUACAUGAUGCGUGUUUUAGUUUUGUUAUGUGCCGUUCUAACAAGCCAGGUAUAUGUUGCGUUCGGCCAGGAAUUCAAUUCAUAUUGCAAUGUGAGUACUGCAAUGAAAUUGAAAAUUGCGAAUUUGCAUUUGGACGACUUACCACUUUGUGCGAUGGCAACGUCAUUCACACAAGAACUGGUGAAAAAGCAAUACCAGUAUCUCACUUUGAUCCACCAUCAUUAUCAAGCCGACCGGUUUUAUCCAAAUGUAGCGAAGUAUUUCCGCAAAUGCAUGGAGAAAACAUCCGGCAUGCUCGACCGUGUUGCAACCUAUAUUAUGGCAAAACAGGUGACGAUUUCAGCUUCUGCAAACGCCCCUGAUUAUGUGAACGAUCUUUUUCAACACGGAUUUAUGCCUGCGUUCACCAUUAACCAUACCAGACCGCCAACCCUCCGAAGUGCUUUUCGCCAAGCUUUUAAAUCGGAGAGAAACACGGUAGAAACUUUAACAACAAUACACCAAGCGGCAGAGGUUUUGGGGGACGCGGAAGUUGCUGAGCUAGUGGGAGCUGAUUUGAUUCCAGAGGUAACAAAAUUGAUGAACGAGUUACAUACACACUUCAGUAUGCUGCACUCAGUCACAAGGCAUAACCUUCAUGGCCUGGGGGAAUUCAUUUAUGAUAAAAACUUGUAGUAAUGUUGUACUUAUGUAAAUUGUAAUUCAGUGAUCAUGUAGUAAUAAAGUAUUGGACCAAUAA